CACGGUUUUUGUGAUAACAAACCGCAAAACAAAAAAUACAAAAUCAGCCCUGGAUAGUAGCAUAGAAUGGUUAUUGUAUGACAAUUAAUUUUAAUUUGAAACUUUUCUUUUAUAAUAAUGCGGGUUUUGUUUCUGCAUCCGGAUCUGGGCAUAGGCGGUGCCGAGCGUCUGGUGGUCGAUGCCGCCUUGGCGCUAAAAGAGCGUGGCCAUGAAAUUAGCUUUUUGACCAAUCAUCAUGACAGCUUGCAUUGCUUUAAGGAAACAGCUGAUGGCACUUUUCCGGUGUGCGUGGUUGGUGAUUGGCUGCCACGCCGGCUGUUUGGACGUUUCUAUGCCUUCUGUGCGUACCUCCGCAUGCUCUAUGCCGCCUGUUAUGCUAGCUUUUUUAUGCCACAACGCGAGCAGAUUGAUGUAGUAUUCUGUGAUCUGAUAUCGGUGUGUGUGCCCGUGUUACGAUUGGCACGUCAUCGUCCACGUGUCCUCUUCUACUGUCACUUUCCCGAUCAGCUCUUAAGUGCACGAGCAGGCCUGCUCAAGCGUUUGUACCGCGCGCCUAUUAACUGGCUGGAGGAGCGCACCAUAGGCAUGGCCGACAAGGUGUUGGUGAACUCCAAGUUCACGCUGCGCGUCUUCCAGGACACAUUCCGACGGCUAAAUACAGUACCCGAUGUGCUGUAUCCCUCGCUGCACACGCAAUACUUUGACAAAAUGGAACAGAAGCUGGAGCAACGCUCAGCACUGCUCGAGGAGCCCGUGCAUGCGCGCGUGCCUAGAAAUUCUUUUAUCUUCUUGGACAUUAAUCGUUACGAGCGCAAGAAGAACCAUGCGUUGGCGCUGCACUCGCUACGCCUGCUAGGAAAUAUGCUGCCCACGCUGGACUUUAAACGCUGCCGUCUAAUUAUUGCUGGUGGCUACGAUACGCGCUGCCUGGAGAAUGUUGAACACUAUGCCGAGCUAGAAAAGAUAACCGCUGAAUUAAAGCUGCAGGACCAUGUGGUGCUACUACGCUCACCCACAGAUGAGGAAAAGUGCAGUCUGCUCUAUGCGUGCCACUGUCUGCUAUAUACGCCGGAAAACGAGCAUUUUGGCAUAGUGCCGCUGGAAGGCAUGUACUUCUGUAAGCCGGUGGUGGCGCUGAACAGCGGUGGACCCACUGAAACGAUUGUGCACACUUCAACGGGCUUUCUAUGUGACAAGGAGGAGCAGAGCUUCGGUGCCGCCAUGUAUCAACUGUUUCGCGACGAUCAGCUGCGCAUAAAAAUGGGUGAACUGGGACGCAAGCGUGUCCAACAAAAGUUCUCCUUCGAAGCUUUUGCGGAUCGUCUAAACAACGUUGUGCAGGACCUGCAACCUGGCAGCAAGAAAACCAAAUAAAAGUAUUGAAUUCAAUUUAUUGUUCUCGUAUAUAAGUAUUGUAUAAUAAUUUUCAAGACAAGCUUGGGCGAUUUAAGGGAGUUUUGGGAGAUCAGCUCAGCAUAGUGUC